CUCUCGGGUUAACUGAGAUAAAUGUUGAGUUAUCAAAUAUUUUUUGCCCGGGCCUUGUUGAGAAGGUGAACAGCGAUGGCACAAGUUGACUGUUGAGAAGCCUUCAUUAUUAUUACACUUCCAGCCGCAGUAAGCGCGAAAAUGAAGAGAUGGUGAGGCUGGCGUUUUCAGGAUAGAAAUGCCUGUGGAUGUUUGCGCCUGGAUGAAGCCCGUAACUAGUUAUUUAUUAAUCUAAGCUAGCUAUUUACCGAAGCACCACCACCAUGUUGGUGGGCAGCUAACUCAGGAUUUUUCCCAACAAAGGAACUGCCCAGCGCCUGGGUAUUAUAGCUUUGAAGACUUAAAGGAUGACGUGGUAGUUUAAUGUCAUCAAUAGCUCCGUGCCGGUUGAAACAUGGGCCUUGCCUGGGGGUUUGCCGUUAAACAACAUUGCCGACCCGGGGUGCACAAAACAAGAAGCUCAUUUUCCUAGGCCACGACAUUACAAAAUUCUCUCUUGCGAUCAUAGAAUGAAUGUACUGUACUUCUGAGGCAUAAUCAUUUUUUAGUGCAAACAAUGCAGGUAUUAUGGGAUGUGGUUCCAGCAAGGUUCAACGCGACAACGAUCCUCCCGGUACCAGUUAUAACAAACCCCGUCCGGCAACUCGUCCAAAUUCACAUCGAACGCAGUCCCAAAGAAGGCUUGCCACAGGCACCGGGGCGAGAAAUCGGACCCAACCUCUAUCUGCAGUUCCAAAACCGCACUCAAGCUCUCAGCCAAGGACGCAUUCGCAGUCGACAAGUUCGAGGACACAUCUUCAUACUGGAGCGAGGACGCGGCCAUCGAGAACAGGCACCCGUCGCCGUCAUCCCACAGCACUGGGGACAAUCCAUGAUGGCCAACCGCCAGAGGAUAGCGCGAUUCGGGAAGAGAUCAAUUCGUUUCGGCUGUUCAUUGAUCAGCACGCGAUCAAUUUUUAUCGCACACAAUGCGACGAGAGCGGGGCAUCGAUAUCCAGAUAUAUUGCGCGAACGAUCAUUUCCAAUGUUAUAGAGAAGCGUUCGAAUGGUAAAGUAGAGCCCAUUUAUUCCUUUUUGCAAUAUCCCUUUUCAUAUUCAACGGUCCCCUCACUUUGGAAUUGUCACUUAAACAUUUAGUAGAGAACAGCGUUGCCAUGAACCUAGCCAGCGCCCUCGAAAAGUACGCUAAUGAUGCGACCAGCCAAAAGCGAGGUGAACACCUUCUCAUAUUGUGUAGAACGGCGAGUAUGAUAGGGAGCAUGAUGGACAGGCACCCAGAAAGCUGGGAGUUUAGUUGGCGUGGAGGGGUUGAUAUCGUGUUUCCCAGCGUGAUGCGGGGCCACGCAGAAUUUAUGCAGGCAACGCUGGAUAUAUAAAUUUUUUCACUUCGGAAAUCUCAGUUUUCUCGUCGCCUAGUUGCCUGGCUGCGUCUUCGAAAAGCCAAUUGGAUGUAUUUUUCCCUGCUUCGUUUCAGAUACCAAAUUUUAGUCUAUUAAUCUUCUCUUCAAUAGUAGGAAAUCCUCCUACACUUGUCCAAAAUAAUUAGCCUCGGACCGAAUUACGAUGAUAUUUUAUUUUCAAUGAUUAAUAUAUGAACAGAAC